AUGUCUACGGACGGUUUGCAUGGGUACAAUGCGAACCCUUCGCUCUACAGCCCCAAUAACUACGACAGCCAACAUUGCCAACAAAGCCAUCACGAAUUUGACGAUCUGCAAGAGUUUGCGAAUCCUUCGCUCGACUACCACCUUGACUAUGAAAGUCAGCCAAAAGAGCGUAACGUCAACGGUCGGCAAGGACCAGCCCUACCAUGCGUCGGUUCUAAUGCACGCCCUAAUGAUGACACGCAAAGUCACACAUAUUGGGAGGUUCCAGCUAAACUGGUCGGAUUUCUCGCCGUGGGAGCUGGCCUAGCUGUAGGCCACCACUUCUACUACGCGGGCUUGAGUGGCAAACAAGUAAAGUCAACAGACGAGCAGGAGUGGGCAGUCAGAUACGGCACUGCCUUUGCAUUUCUCGUGAAGACUUCCUGUGCUGCUGCUAUUGCUACCGCCUACAGUCAGCAUAUAUGGACGAGAUUCAGGAAGCGCGACCUCCGUGUUGCCACUCUCGAUAGCGCGUUCAGUGCCACAUCCAACAUAUUGUCAUUAGCGCAUCGAGAAAUGAUCGCAAAAUUACCGAUUGCGACUCUUCUGGCAGCUCUCAUCUGGCUUCUCCCUCUUCCUGCUCUAUUCACACCAGCCACGUUAUCCGUCAUGUCUAUAAGUCGAACCGACAAAUUGGAUCUGAAUGUGCCUACGCUCAAUUUUUCAGAAUCAGCAGUGGCCAACGCCUUUGGUGGCAUCGACUAUGGUAUCAAUGGAUCUCCUGCAUUGUCACGCGUGUUCAGCGCAACCUAUUCAGGCGCCAACGUUCUUCCAAUGGAGGCAAUCAUACCCGAUGCUAUCAAUGCGACGUACGACACUGUAUUUCACGGGCCUCUUAUCCGUUGCAGAGACCUCAAUGCCAGCGAAACUUUGGUAAUGAAUGACGUGGCGGCCAUACAGAAGAGUUGGUCCGCAGGAGGGGCCAUGUCACGAGUUGCGUACAUGAUGUUUGCGCCGUAUUCCGGGUGGACCAAUAGCACGGGAAUUGCGAAUUUUUCGAUGAUUCAAAACCUUUCGGAAUGUCUCAACCUUGGCAAUUCAUGUAGCAUCAUCCCCACCAACUGGGAAGCUGGAUAUUUCUGGGUGUAUACUGAGGCAAAGAGCUGGGCGUGCCACCCGCGGAAUGCCACGUUCCAGGCCAGUUUCACUCUUGGCAGUAAAACUCAAACGAUAUCGAUCGACCAUUCCAAAACGACAAUUUCUGAGCUGGAAAGAGCAGCCACUAGUGAGGAUGAGCAUCCGUACGCCUUUACACGGAAAACCUACGACAGCAUUUUCUCCUCGAUAUUCAAUCUUUUGAAGGGGUUCAUCGCACUCAGAUCCGCGUCUCCGAGGACGCCGCUCUCCACCAAGUAUAUCGACAUGAAUGUGACAGUCAAGGAUACUAGUAUUUCAAGGACAGCUUUGAUCGGCGCCAUCAAUUUGAAUACGAGCGUAGAGGCUUUGGGGGUUCCUCUAUCCCAGUAUAAGACUCCCACGGCUUUCACCACAGCAGAAGACCAAGCGUUGGCUGGAAACAAAACUAUGGCUGAGCUUAUCGAAGAAUUGUCAUUAAAUGUAACUCUCAGUUACUUUAGUACAAGUAAGAUGUGGUCGGCCAGCGGUCUUGGGUACGAUACGACAGUUGAAAUUCCACGCCGAACCAAUGUAUACUCAUAUAGCUCACGGGACCUCAUAAUCACUUACACCGUUACCUUGAUUAUCACAUUACUCGCUGUUUUUAUUGGGUUACACGCUCUGCAAGUCAACGGGGUAAGCCACGGGUCGAGCUUCUCUACCAUCGUACAGACCACGCGGAAUCACACGCUGGAUAAGCUAUCUACUGGGAAGGAACUUGGAGUAGAGCGUCUCGAUCGCGAAUUCGGUAAGACGAAAUUGCGCUUUGGUGUACUGUAUCCGGAUGAUACAAAGGACGAUGCAGGCAGUCGAACUGAAAAUGAGCAUGUUGCAUUCGGGCUAUCUAGAGAAGUCAACCCGUUGUUAAAACAAUAA